UUAGAAAGUUUAAUUUUCUGCUUAUAUCAAUUCAGUAUCAGGCGGAUGAAUAUAUCAACUGGAGUGAAAUAGUAACUCAAACAUACGAGUUGGCCGAAGAAUGCCACAAAAUAAACUACUUUGGUGCCAAAAGGAUGUCUGAAACAUUUAUUCCCCUCCUCCAGUUAUCUGAUUCACCAAGAAUUGUAAAUGUUUCUUCCUCCCUGGGAAAGUUAAAGAAUGUAUCAAACGAAUGGGCAAAAGCAAUCUUAAGUGAUGCUGAAAACCUACAGAAGAAAGAGUGGGUGAAGUGUUGAACAAAUAUCUGACAGAUUUUAAAGAGGGAUCACUAGAAGCUGGAGGAUGGCCAGAUUCUAUGACUGCCUAUAUUCUCUCCAAAGCUGCCCUGAAUGCCUAUACAAGAAUUUUGGCUAAGAAACACCCCAGUCUCUGCAUUAAUUGUGUUUGCCCUGGCUAUGUCAAAACUGAUAUAACCUAUAAUACUGGAGUCUUGACUGUUGACGAAGGUGCUCAAGGUCCUGUGAGAUUGGCAUUGCUGCCAAAUGGUGGCCCUUCGGGUCUCUUCUUCUCUCGAUUGGAAGAAUCAGAAUUCUGAUCAGAUUGUCGGAAAGUUAAUGUUUUUUCCUCUGUGCUGCUUUAUGAUGAUCUUGGAAUCUCAAACAAGUAAAAGCAUAUAUGAUAA